AUGUUUCCAAGACUAAGUGGUUUUCAAAUGUAUGAUGAUGAUGAUUUAGAUGCAAGACCACGAUUUAGAGUUUACAAUAUUCCUGCUAACGAGGCAAAUGAUAAUAGUACAGUAUUGGAAGAUGAGUCUGACUUGGCUAUGGAUGAGUUGGACCAUCUCAUAAUAUUCCCAUCACUUGGAGCAAAAUAUUCAUUGAUACCAGAUGAUCGAUAUGGUACAACUAUAACUGUUGAACUUUGCAGUGUUACGUAUGAGUCAGAUCAAGAGAUGGAUGUAAAUCAAGAAUCUGAUAUUGAAACUAACGAAGUUUCAACGAGCAAUCUAUUUCAUUCAAAAUAUAAUUGA